GACGACAGGGUGACCUCUCCUCUCCUCUCCUCUCUCUCUCUCUCACACACACACACACACACACACACACACACACACACACACGGCAGUGGGCAGCCCAGGCCAGAGUCCAGCAUUCUGAACAAACAGCCAUUGAACAUCGAUGAGGUCAGUCACAGAUUCUCCGCCAGGCAAAGAGCUCCCGGCGCUUUGUCGGCCCGGUACAGACAAGGAGAAGAGAAAACAAACAAGUCCCCGACAAAUGUGAGGACAGGCCGAAGGGACACGGGGCAAGGGUUUGUUCCUGGCACAAACGCUCGGAGCUUUGCAGGAAUUAGAGGAAAGGGAGCAAACUCGGCCGGGAUCGUCGAAAACAUUUCUUUUCUGUGGAUUCCUGCGUGGCCAGUUGAACACAAGAGUGAUCUCCAGCCACCACCGGUGUGGGCCCUGAGGAGAACAGACCUCAAGCUCCCAGGCAGCGACGCUCACUCGCCCCCCUAAUUCGCCGCUCGGUUGCCGCAGCGAUGCCUCGGGAACACAAAGUCCUCCUCCUCCUCCUCCUCCUCGUCUGCGCGUGGACCGUCUGCAUCGCGUCGCUGGCGCCGGGUGCAGAGGAGAGACGGGCGCAUGGCGAGUGCGCCGACCUCAACAACACCACGUGGCUCGGUUACCGGCAGCAGAGGUUCAACCUGCAGGUCCAGUACCUGCUGCUGACCAGGAGCAACGUGGACUGUGCGCAAAGGUUCGACCGGGAGUCUCUCGGCGAGCGGCCGUCCUACUUCAACGCCUCCCGGCCGACCAAGGUCAUCGUCCACGGGUACAGGGCCAUGGGCAGUAAGCCGUCCUGGGUGAAGGAGCUGGCCCGGGCGCUGCUCCGGGCGCAGGACGCCAACGUGCUGGUGGUGGACUGGGUCUACGGCGCCUCCUUCGCCUACAACCUGGUGGUGGAGAACUACAAGGAGGUGGCGGUGCAGAUCUCCGUCCUCAUCAACCAACUGCAGAAGCACGGAUGCAGGCUGGAGACCUUCCACUUCAUCGGGGUCAGUCUCGGGGCGCACGUCGCCGGUUUCGUGGGGACACUGUUCGAGGGGAAGAUCGGAAGGAUCACAGGCCUCGAUCCUGCAGGACCCAUGUUCAAAGGAGCCGACACCUUUGACCGCCUGGACCCGACCGACGCUCAGUUCGUCGACGCCAUCCACACGGACUCUGACUAUUUCGGCAUCUCCAUCCCCGUGGGUCACGUGGACUUCUACCUGAACGGAGGGAAGGACCAGGCGGGAUGUGCCCGCUCCAGGUUCCCCUCAAUUCUCAUCUACUUCCCAGUGUACGGUUAUGUGAUCUGUGACCACAUGAGGGCGCUGCACGUCUACCUGAGUGCGUUGAACGGCUCCUGCCCCCUGAGGGGGGUCCCCUGCCCCAACUACGAGGACUUCCUGACGGGGCAGUGUGUGGACUGUGACGUCUUCAAGGGGACGUGUCCGACCAUAGGUUUAUCAGAAAACAGUGGAAUAACCAUAUCUCCAAUCCCCAAAGAGCAGAAGCUAUUCCUUCUCACGACCUCUUCAGCACCUUUCUGUGCUCGUCACAUCCUGCUGGAGCUGGAGGUUUCUCCCCUGGACAAGAGCGCCGAGGUGGAAGUGACACUGAGGACGGAGAACCUGGGAACCGAGCAGAGGCUCCGGCUUCAGACGUCUACGACGGUGCACAGGACGGUGCUGGCUCAUCCCGUGGCCCUGUGCGAGAUCCACUCCAUCGCGCUGCGGAACACCGGCGCCCGCUUCUACCGACAGGGCGACGUCCACUUCAAGUCCGUCUGUCUGUCUGAGUUCCCCGCGCUCAGGCGAGAGGACCCGCUGUGCGUGAACAACGUCCACGUCCGACGAGGAGCUCCGUGGCGUCACGACUUUGUGCAGGUGUGCGGCUUCUACUGAACCAAAAGAAGAGAUCUGCUCCGGGGGGGGGAGGGGGG